AUCCGAAAGCAUUCCUUCGAAAAGCACCCUGAAGUCUGCUGCGAGAAGUGCUCUACCGUUUUCAAAUCCACUUCAUGCCUCCAGCAGCACUGGGCAGAUUCUGAUGCCCAUCCGAGCUGCGAAUACUGUCCAGCGGCGUGUCCAGACACUGCUAUGUAUUUCAAGCAUGUAGCUUAUGCUCAUAGCGAAACCUAUACCCGACAACAUGGCUCGCCGUUAGAAGCGACUAACACUCACAUCUCGGCAUCGCCCUUGCAAGAGUCCCACUCGCGGGGCUCCUCCUCUGACAAUUCCUUCCGAGCGUCGUCCCCAAUGUCCUUUUGCGACCUCUUAGACGUGCCCGAGAAGCCAGACAUCACCCAGAGUGCGCGCGAGAUUUCAAAGCCUGAUGUCUCGGGGCUUCAGAAAGGCCUAGUAGGCUCCAUUGCCCCUGCUGAACCCGCCGUCGACAUCGCUACUUCCACGUGUUCUGCUGUUGACGACACAGUGGGCACGAGUCAGCAGAGAGGGCCGCCUAGACAAAGGAGCCCCAGCCUGGACGCGAGGGUGCCCAGCAACACCGCGUCGGCGUGGUUCAUCGUCUCACCGCAGAGUAGUACGCGCUCACACUCCGUGGAACGACACCCCCUCUCUCCAGAGCGUCGCCCUGCAGAAGACUCGCAUCUCGCUCGAGCGGUGUCCCACCAGCCCACGGGUGAUACCGUCUUGUCCGAGAGCAAUAGCCCCGGCGCACCGAGGCCGGUGUCCGUGCACAACGUCAACGUCGCCGCUACCGAGAAGAUCUCGACACAGCGCGUCGAUAGGUCCAGGACUAGCAGUUUUAAGCCGAUACACUCUUCACGCGAGGGUGCACAAAACUCUCCCAUUCUGCAUGUUUAAUCUCGUGCUUACCUGGCUUUGUUCAGCUGUGCCUACAAGCGCGGUGCAGAUCGACACCAGCGCAUUGCCUGAGUCCAACAUUUCUGCAUCGGCAGAUACCUUCCAGACGCCCGAGCCACAGCUCCAAUGGCACUGCAGGGUUUGUCUGCGUCCUCCUACAGACCCCACGGUGACGAUAUGUGGACACCUCUUCUGUCAUCAGUAUGUCUUUCGAAU